CCUUCCUCUUCCAUCUUUGAAGACCUGUCACGAUCACCACCACCACCAACAACAUGCUUUCAAGACCAUGAAAAACGUUCGGAUAGGCAAUCUGCCGUCCACUCGUCCACAGGCUUCCAAGGAUUGUCGCCACUGCAUCAAACGUCGCAUACAAUGCGAUCGUAGCGUGCCCGAGUGUCGCAAAUGCGCGAUCCGGAAAUUACAAUGUCCGGGCUAUGAUCGAGUGCAGUUGAGAUGGAAGGCAGGCGUCGUGAAGCGUGGGAAGUCCCCGUCAUCCACCUUUGCGCUGGACGCCGGGUCGAGGACGGUAAUGGAGGAAAUUGGCGAAAUAUCAGCGCCCUCAUCGUCCGCGGCGGUGCCCGCGAUGGACUCUCAACUGGUGGCAUCUUCCAUGGCCAACCAGUCCGUCAGCUUCACGCUAUCCCAGAACCUCCUCGACUACUUCGAUCGAGAACUUGCUGCUCGCCUGGCAUGGCUUGACGGACCCGACAAUACCUGGCGGAAGAUCAUCGCCCCUCUUGCGCGACGGUCUUCUUGUGUCCAUCUUGCCCUGUUGAGUUUCGUAGCCACUCACAUGUCCUGCACAUCGUCGGCAGACCAUGCUUGGACAGGAGACAUGAGAACCCUUGGCCAUCGUCUUCGCGAGAAAAGUCUCGUCUCCUUGAGCACCAAGAUGCGACAUGAAUUGGAUCACAACGACCCUAUGCCUGAUCAGCGUCGAAUGGAGAAUCUCAGCGAGAUCAUUGCUGGCAUGCUCAGCCUCUGUCACGAAGGCAUGGUCGACCCCAGCUCUACUGCUUGGCAAAUACACCUGCGAGCUUGUCGGAUUGCUAUCGACAGAUACACUUUGGCGGUACGCAGAGGCACCGAUUCAGGUACCGAUCAAUUGGUUCAUGAAGUGGUGGAGCUGGCGGCAUUCAGCGACCUGAGUUCAUUCAAGUCCGAGAAGCAUGAGAAUACGGCAGCCUGCCUCUCGUUCGAAAAAGGCUCGUUUUGGGGCUUCACAGCUUUCAUGAACCAAGUUACGGCCUUGGAAAGACGGCUCAGUGCUUCGCUCAAGAAAGGCGCCCAUUUAGAAGUCGACAUGAUGCCGUGGAGAGCAUCUCUGGAACACACGCUGAUGCUCGUUUCCGCCGAAGCCUCUGCCACGCUCGCACCAUCUUUGCAUGAGCGAUUUCAGUACGUCAUCGAGACGCAUUACUACGCCUGCUUGAUCUAUUGCCAUCAAGCUCUUGCGGGAAAGUCAGAGGCAGCGCAAGUGAUAGAGGCUGCACUUGAUCCACUACUCGGUGCCAUUCAGACCAUCACCUCAUGGACAACGACGGAAUUUACCCACGACGUAUUCUGGCCCCUCUUCAUCGCCGCGACCGAGUGUGGAACGAAUGAGCAAAGACGAAACACCGUACAAGCAUCCUGUCGCGACUGCAUCGAAAAGACGGGCUUCUGGUGUAAUUCAGCGGCUCUAAGUUUCGUCCAGGCAUUUUGGGAUCGAGCAGACUCCGACUCCCAUAAGACGUGGGUGCAGUAUGCGCGCGACUAUCAGACUGAAAGUAAAUCAUUCCUGAUCUAUUGAAUCUUGCACUACGUCGAGGAUGCUGUGGAACGAUUUCAUACAUCAGCGCGCAUCCUGGCCUGGAAAGCAGACUUCACAUGUUGACGGUCUCCUCGUCUUCCACGCCAAACAAAACCCGCAUUGGAUCUUGAUAAUUCAUGAAGCCAACGCCCGGCUCACAUACGCCAUACCCAAGGAGUCGCUGAGCCUGCGGUUUCAGCUGUCUAGCUCUUUCGAGUGGUACCAUCAGAAACUGGUUCUCGGCAGGACGUAGGUCAGCAGGGGCGCGACA